UGCCUCCAGUCGCGUUUCCAUUGGUUCCGGACCCGCCUGCCUGCCCUCCCUUUUCUCCUCCGCCGCGUAAUGGCUGCUCCCGAGACCCAGGCGGCUGCGGCCGGAGGGGAGGAAGACUGUGAGGGCAACCACAGCGAAGCCGGGGGUGUCAGUUAUGAGGACAGUAAGGAUUGUAUCCUGGAGCCGCUUUCCCUGCCAGAAAGUCCAGGUGGCACCACCGCUUUAGAAGGUUCUCCAUCUGUCCCUUGUAUUUUCUGUGAAGAACAUUUUCCUAUGGAUGAACAAGACAAACUUCUGAAGCACAUGAUUAUUGAACAUAAGAUGGUCAUAGCUGAUGUCAAGUUGGUUGCUGAUUUCCAAAGGUACAUUUUAUAUUGGAGGAAAAGGUUCACUGAACAGCCCAUUACAGAUUUUUGUAGUGUGAUAAGAAUCAAUUCCACAGCUCCACUUGAAGAACAAGACAAUUACUUUUUGUUAUGUGACGUUUUACCAGAAGAUAGACUACUUAGAGAAGAACUUCAGAAACAGAGACUGAAAGAAAUUCUGGAACAACAGCAGCAAGAAAGAAAUGAUAACAAUUUUCAUGGUAUUUGUAUGUUUUGCAGUGAGGAAUUUUUCGGGAACAGAUCUAUUCUUUUGAACCACAUGGCCAGAGAACAUGCUUUCAACAUUGGAUUGCCAGACAACAUUGUAAACUGCAAUGAAUUUCUAUGCACAUUACAGAAAAAACUGGACAACCUGCAGUGCUUGUAUUGUGAGAAGACCUUCAGGGACAAAAAUACACUGAAAGACCAUAUGAGGAAAAAACAGCAUCGGAGGAUUAAUCCUAAGAACAGAGAAUAUGACCGAUUUUAUGUCAUCAAUUAUUUGGAACUUGGAAAAUCGUGGGAGGAAGUUCAAUUGGAAGAUGAUCGGGAGCUGCUAGACCAUCAGGAAGAUGACUGGUCUGAUUGGGAAGAACGCCCUGACUCUGCUGUCUGCCUAUUUUGUGAAAAGCAAGCAGAAACAGUUGAGAAAUUAUGUGUCCACAUGGAGGAUGCUCACGAGUUUGAUCUCCUUAAAAUAAAGUCAGAACUUGGAUUAAAUUUCUACCAACAAGUGAAACUGGUCAAUUUCAUUCGGAGGCAAAUUCACCAAUGUAGAUGUUAUGGCUGCCAUGUGAAAUUCAAAUCCAAAGCAGAGUUAAGGACUCAUAUGGAAGAAGCUAAACAUACAUCACUGCUUCCUGAAAGAAAGACAUGGGAUCAACCAGAGUAUUAUUUUCCAACCUACGAAAAUGACACUCUACUGUGUACACUGUCUGACAGUGAAGGUGACCUGACAGCUCAGGAACAAAAUGGAAAUAUUACCAUCCUCAGUGAAGAUACAUCUAAACUGCAUGCUUUGAAACAAAGCAGUAUUUUGAACCAGUUGCUACUGCAAGAGGGCUUGAAAAACUAGAAGAAAAUGCCACAGAAGCAACUUUUCAUGUUUUUCUCUUAUGAAACAAACUCAGAAAAAUAGUUUAAAUUUGAACAUUAGCAAAGGAUUAGUCCUUGGUGAAAUAAAAGUUUUAAAAAGUACUUUGCAAAAAAUAAAAUGAGGACUUUUUGUAUUUUUGGCUAUAAGUUUUACUAUGUAAUCAUUAUAAAUGAUCUCAUUUCAUUAGACUCAAUUAUCUACAAUAAGGAGGACAUGCGGGGAUUGGAUUCUGGACCAAGAAAAAAUUUUCUUUUGCUAUAAAAGAUCUAGUGGGACAAAUGGCACACUUUUAAUAAGGUUGUAGCUAAUGUUAAUUGGUGUUAAUUUCCAGAUUUUGAUAAUUGUACUGUGAUUAUGUAGGAGAACGUCCAUGUCUUUAGAUAAUACACAGUGAAACUUACAGGUAAAGGAGCAUUUUUGGUUGCAACUUACUCUCAAAAAACAAAUGUGAAUAUGUAGACAGAAAAAUGCUGAAGUGAAUGUGAUAGGUUGUUAACAUUUGGGGAAUCUAGGUGAAGGUUAUAUAGCAAUUCUUUGUACUACGGCAACUUUUCUGUAAGUCUAAAAUGCCUUUACAGUUGGUUUGUUUAAAUCAGGUCCCAUGGGGCACCUGGGUGGCUCAGUCGGUUGGGCGGCUACCUUCAGUUCAGGUCAUGAUCCCAGGAUACUGGGAUCGAGCCCGGGGUCAGGCUCCCUGCUCAGUGGGGAGUCUGCUUCUCCCUCUCCCUCUGCCCCACCCCCUCAUGCUCACACACUCUCUCUCUCUCAAAUCAAUAAAAUCUUUAAAAAAAAAAAAAAAAAUCAGGUCCCAGGUGAGAUUCAUGCAUUGCCUUUGGUUGGUAUGGUUCUUAAGGAUCUUAAAAUCUAUACAGUUCAUGCUCCCUCUUAAAAUGCCACUUUUUUGUUAAACUGAGCCCUUUGUCUCACUUUCUGAGUUUGGAUGAUCAUAUGCUCUUUGUGUCAUUUAACAUGUUCCUCUAUCACCCCUUUUUCCUGCCAACUGAUAGAUUUAAGAAGUUCCAAUAAAUUUGUGUUCAAAUUUGUUUGCACAAAUAAUUUAUAAGAAAUACUAUUGCUGUUGCAUCACAUCAGGCACAUAAUAUCCCUUGUACCAGUUUUAGAGAUUUUAGAGCUGACAGUCCACUCAGGUAUUGUCAGUCAAUGCAUCAUUAUAAAGUUCCCCAUCAGUCUUUUAUCUAACUCAUUUGGUACUCACUGGUAAUUGCUACCUAUUAUUUUUUCUAGUGACUUGCAAAAUGAUGGUUUUCUAAUGCUAUCGUUUACAGUGCAUUCUUUAUACAGCAUGGGUGCUAUGGAGUACUGGAGUUUGAAGUUCUAGUUUUCAACUGUUAAUACCAGCCUAUGUAGGCAGUGCCCAAAGACUAAUCUUGAAGUCAUGUGGCCUGUCAAGAGUCUCAAGAGUCAUCCCCCACCGUGUGAUCCAAAAGUGACUAGAUUUAUAAAUUUUAGAGGCUCUGACCAUGGCUUUAGAUUUCCAAGCCUCCAACUUUGCAGACACCUACACAAGUCUUUUAUUAAAAACAAAGCAGAGAGGCGCCUGGGUGGCUUAGUCAGUUAAGUGUCUACUCAGGUCAUGAUCUCAGGGUCCUGGGAUCUUGCCCCGCAUUGGGCUCUCUGCCCAGCAGUGAGUCUGCUGCUCCCUCUCACUCUCCCUCUGUGCUCUCUCUCCUUCUCAAAUAAAUAAAUAAAAUCUUAAAAAAAAAAAAGGAAAGGGGCUCCUGGGUAGCUCAGCUGGUUGAGUGUCCGACUCGGUUUUGACUCAGGUCAUGAUCUCAGGGUCGUGAGCUAGAGCCCCACUUCAGGCUCUGUGCUCAGUGGGGAGUCUGGGGUGUCUGCUUGGGACUCUCUCUCCCUCUACCCCCUCUCCCCCAAAAUAAAUAAAUAAAUCUUAAAAAAAAAAAAAAGGCAAAGAAAUAGAAGCCCUUAUUAUAAUGGAAAAUGCCUAAGUUAAAGACACAAUUGAGUUAAAUUGUUUUAAACCCGAAGACCUAAAGAAGGCAGUUAGUCCUGUGCCUAGAACCUUGUGUGUCUAGGCAGAUUUGUUCAGGAAAUCAGGUAAUGUGUAGAGUGUUUCUAGAAUGUGCUUCAGUUUUAGAACAGGAGCAAUGAAAGAAUGAGAACAAAAUUAAGAAUAAUUAAGCUUGUGAAGGAGAAAGUUUUUUUUGGAGAAAGUUUUUGGAGAUAAAGUUGAGAUCUUAGAGAACAGAUCAGAUGGAUAUAAAAGGAAAAAUGAAAUUGAAGGACAGAUAAAAGGGAAAAGAUGAUGUACUUAGGUUUAAUUCAUAUAAGAGGUUAUUUUUAAAAUGAGUAGAUGUUUUGGAGGUUUGGGGUUUUUUUUUUUUAGCUCAGAAAUAAUAACUUGGUCCCAAAAAAAUCAAACAAGAAUAGAAGCAAAAUCAUAGCCGACUGUGCUGACUGACUCUCAGAGGGAGCAAGAAUAUAGACCACUACUGGCAAAGUACUCUCUUAGAGCUACACAGAGAAUAGAGACUACUUGCCAAGAACUAUUGGGAAUUCCUCCUUAAAGUUUGGGACACUGAUGCCAGGUGUACCCUGAAAGGUUGGACAGUUCAAAAGGGGAGGAUCAGCCAGAUGGAAGUACACUAUUCAAGGGAUUAUUGAAUGGGUUCCCAGAUGUCACUAAAAUUGUAAAUAGGAAUACAAGUGCCGUCUAUACCCAGAGGGAACAGGCUGAGAAAUUUUGAAAUUUUAGACUGUAAAUGAAGGCAACCAGAAAGAUGAAACAUAACAGAGAGCCAAUCAGGACAGUGAUAAAUGGAAUCCAAGCCUGGAUUGGCUGUUAGCCUAAUCACAAAAUGCAUGUUGAUUAUCUAAUUCAGAAAGGUGAGAGUGGCCAAGGUUUUUUUUUGAACAAUGGUUGCUUUUGGCCUAGCAGACCUAGUGAUUUAGCUCUCAAAACAGAAGACCCCAUUAGACAAAAUCUAGAACAGAAUGUCAGUAAGUACAUGUGGCCAGAAAGAAGAGAAAGAUAAAAAAAGGAAGAAAGAAAAAAAAAGGAGGCAUCAGAUUCUACAAAUACUAGGCCUUUAUUAGGGAAAUUUAACUUAUUAGGAGGUAAGUUAAACUGUGACAAAUCCAGCUGUUCACCUUGAAAAGUAUAGAGGGGAAGUCAAGCCCUAGGACAUAUCCAAUAUUGCUGACAAAGGCGGAGUGGAGGGAAAUACUCCUGGAGGCCUGGACCAAUCAAAAGCAAGGGAAGGUGGAGUGCUGAGCAGGGCUUCACAGAGGUAUCUGUCCUCACCAGUGCAAUUAAUCUGGUAGUCCAGUUGCCCCCAGUAUUCGUUCUCCCUCUCUUGAAUAGGUUUAGUUGGGUAUAUGGCAGACUAGAAUGAAGACUACACUUCCUAGCUUCUCUUACAGCUCAGGAUACUUGUGUGUCUACAUUGUGGUAAAUGAGAUGUAAACAGAAGAGUCAAGUGUGACAGCUUCUAAGAGUCUUCCUUGAGAUACUAGAUGCAGCACUCUCUGCUUUCCUUUCAUCCCUUCCUGCUCCUGUUGCUGAAGAUACCUGCAUAUGGGACAGGGAAGUCAAACCAAGCAUGAUAGGGCAACAGUGCCAAAGGAAUCUGGAUGAACCAGCCCUCAAACGGUGACCUAGAUGUUUAUGUGAGUGGAAUAAACAUCUACCUUUCCACUGUUACUUUGGGGGUUUUGUCAUUCAUAGCUGAACCUAGAGAUUCAGCUGCAGAAAUGUCCAUAGCAGCUUUAGUUCAGGAAUCUGCGAGGAUGUUUUCUGGUUGAAAAAAAAUGAGGCACUGGGGAGCCUGGGUGGCUUCGUCGUUAAGCGUCUGCCUUCGGCUCAGGUCAUGAUCCCAGGAUCCUGGGAUCGAGCCCCACAUCGGGCUCCCUGCUCGGCGGGAAGCCUGCUUCUCCCUCUCCCGCUCCCCCUGCUUGUGUUCUCUCUCUCGCUAUGUCUCUCUGUGUCAAAUAAAUAAAAUCUUUUUAAAAAAAGAAAAAAACAAGGGAGUGAAAGAGAGGCUACCCUUACAAGACAGGCUUUACAGGCAUGUCAUUCCACAACAAAGACCAACAGCAGGAGCCAGUGUGGAAACCGUGUGGUUAUUUAGAGCCUAGAUCCCACAGAUCAGGCAGGGGAUAUUGUAGACAGAAGGCUCAAAGGGGAAAGGAAAAGUAAAACGGUCUUUAAGAUUCGAGAUGGAAAAGAAAGACCUCUCAAAAGCAGACUCAUGAUUGGGCUUGCCAUCACUGGAGAUUUCUAAACUUCGCAAGAAUGCAAAUAUCUUACAAGGGAGAAAGAUUCACCUCUGCCCUCUAAGGUUCUUCAGCUGGUUCUGCAAAAUAAACUGACAACAGAGAGAUUAAUAUGAGAAAAAAUAUACGAAGUUAUUUGAUAUUGGGGCACAUGGGUGGCUCAGGCAAGCGGCUGCCUUCAGCUCGGGUCAUGAUCCUGGGGUCCUGGAAUCAAGUCCCACAUCAGGUUCCUUGCUCAGCAGGGAGUCUGCUUCUCUCCCUCUGCCUGCUGUUCCCCCUGCUUGUGCCCUCUCUCUCUCUGUGUCAAAUAAACAAAUCUUUUAAACAAAAUUUUUAAUUAAAAAAUUAUUUGAUACUAAAAGUUUUACACAGGGGUGCCUGGGUGGCUCAGUGGGUUAAGUAUCUGGGAGAUUCCUCCCAAUCGAGUUUGGUGUUAAGUGUUUUGAUGAUACUCUUUAAAAAGUGAGGUAUACCAGGGGCACCUAGGUGGCACAGUCGGUUAAGCAUCCAACUCUUAGUUUUCACUCAGGUCGUGAUCUCAGGGUUAUGAGAUCAAGCCCCAAGUCAGGGUCCAUGCUCAGCACAGAGUCUGCUUGAGAUUCUCUCUCUCCCUCACCCCUCGACCCCCUCCCCCAGCUUGCACUCUCUCUCUCUCUCUCAAAUAAAUAAAUAAAUCUUUUUAAAAAGUCCUUAAAAACUGAGGUAUAUCAGAAACUUGAUGUAUAAUUAAACUUUUAAGAUUCUGAAAAAAGCCACACCAGUGGUUCUAGUGAGACCCUGUCCAGGUUGCUGAAAGAACUACAGUGCUAUCCAAGGCAUGAAGAACCCACCUGGUUCAGAAUGAACAGCAUCAGAAGGAUGAGUUUUAGAUUCGAAUGUCUUUAACUCAAGCAUAUAAGAGAAUCUAAUCUUUCAACUUUUUCUCCCUGGGAAAUUCACAGUGGUAGAGGGGUUAUAUUUAAAUUGGAGGACAUCAAUAUUUUACUGAAAUUUUUUUAUUGAAGUAUCUUUACAUUGUCAUAUAAUGUCUUUUCAGAGCCUCUGAUAGACUGUCCAAACAAUAUGGUUAGACAUAAUUAGGACUGCAAAGUGAACUGGGGAACUUCCAGCUGGGGUUCAGCUUGGCCUUGGAAUUAGUUCAGUCACUGAAUUGCCUUCUGAGGGCAAUAGCUAUGCUCAUCAGCCAUUCGAUGGGAAAAGUAGGGGGAUGUGCUUGUGGUGGGAGCAGUACUUUCAGGAUAGAUUGCUGGUCUCCUGCCAAGGAGAUGGUCACACCCUUGUUGGCCCUGAAUUUAAUGGUUAAGCCCAAUGAGCUAAGAGAACAAAAAACCCUGGGAGUGUUGGGCACCUAGCACCUUGUUUCCACAAGAAAAGGAAUCCAUUACAACAACUUUCUUGGUUUCUUUCUGCCCCCUGUCACUGCUGUGAGUGAGGAGAAUGAAUCUUCUGACUGGAACAGGAACUAGGCAUCUAUGACUCAGCCCCUUCCUCCUCCUUUUUCUCUUUCGGGUAUGUCUGUCUGCCGAGAGAGCACAUCCUGUUCUUCUCCUCCAUUCUGCAAACUUUAGAGUGGCAGGCUCUGCCUGUGAAGUUGAAGGCCUGAAGUUACCCAACACUGUCUGUGACUGUGUGGAUAAAUCUGCCUAACUUUGCGGUUCAUUGUUAGUGCCCACAACUAUAUGCCAUGCUCUCCAAGCAUCUUUAUUAGUAGUAAAGGUGAUAUUUCAUCUCUGUCUGCGUGACUCAUGUAUCACCUGGCCCCUCUGGAAGGUACACAGUCUCUCGGGAUGGUCAGGAUUACUAGGAAACCAUGUCUUGGAGAGUUACUGGUAAAUACUCUUGAGUCCUGGCAGUCAGGAGGCAAAAUAGACUUAGUUCCAGUCCAGGACUAAGGCUGGGCGAUAAAGCCAGAGAAUUCUAGAUUAUCAAUGGUGAGCUAGCUGCAUGUAUACUUUUUGAAAGAUCUUUAGAACUAGGUUCUUAGGUUGAGUUCCACAAAAAACAGACCUUAAGAGAACAACUUGUGUGCAGAUCAUUUACUCGACAGGUAGACUCAGGAAAUGUCAGUAUAGGAAGUAAAAAAUGAAACGGAAGGAGCACAAAAGUGUGCAUUAAUGAAGUUACUGCUAUGGGAACUGGAGUUCAACCUUACUGAGGACUUCUGAGGGAUUGCAUAGGACACUUAGAGUGCCCUCCACCCACCACUACCACUACCAGCAAAAGAGCUGGGCUGUUGAUCCACCAGCCCCCACUGGUCGAAGAUCUAGGACUGCUCCCCUGGCAUCAAUUGCCUGGCCCUCCCAGCCUGCCUUGCACGUUGGUCUAGUGCCUUACACAAAGACUGAGGAAGCAGUAGUGCAAAAGGACACUAACAGUAACUGCUACGAAUAUAGAUGUUGCAUGACCACAAAAGAAACAUUUUAUGUAGAAUUUAGCUGUCCUCACAACCUUUCCAUAUAUCACUGACCUGACCCUCAAAACAAUGUUAUGAGCUCUCUAGUCAGGAAUGUUUAUCCUCAUCAAGGGUAAAGACAUGAUGAGAUAACUGAGGAACAGAGAGAUGGGGACUUGUCCAAAAGAUAAAAGCCCCACCAAGUAUUUUGUAUUGUAAUAACAAAAUAAUAUAUGGGAAUUUAAAAUGAAACAAAGCUGAGUCCUGAACUUCUUUACUGAAUGGAGGAAUAGCAAUUCUUUUUGAAAGGACGGACUCAAACUUGAAUCAGAACCAAGAAUGGAUUCUUUAAAAUGUUAAGUGCUUUGCUGACUUUAUAUGCAGAAUUAACUCACCAGUCCACUUUCAUCAAGGGCAUCAAACUGCAGCUAUUGUUUGCCCAUUCUGCAAAAAUAGCCAUCCUACAUCCUUGAAGUUUAAUUCAACUCUUUCAAUAAGCUUUAGAUGAUGGAUAAGCUAGAGGAUUAAACCAGGAGCUGCAGUUGAACUCUUAUGCCUCAUAAUUGAUACUUUGAAAAGCUAAAACAUGUUCACUUCCUGAUGAUAGCAAUUUGCAAGAUUGAAUGACAUUGCAAGCAUAUUAAUUCAAACUGAAAACAUUCAGCUAAGUUAAUAUUAAUUUCACAGUGUUCUGAGAUUCAAGUGAAGCUGAGUUCUGUUGGGCUUAUAAAAUUAGGCUACAGAAAACAGGCUUUUUUUGAAGAUAAUUUCAGUCAGUUGACUUGGAUACAGGGUGAGCAGUGAAUCAGUCUAAUGAAAUAGAUUUUCAUUUUGGUGUUUUCAUCAUUUGGAAAACAUUAAAAAAGCAAAAGAAUAUGCUGUGGUAAAUUAUAAAAACUAAAAAAAAAAAAAAAAAAUUGAAGGAGGAAGAGAAAGUGAAGGACACCAAAACCCCAAAAUUCUUAAUCUCUUACUCUCACAAAAGGCAACCCACUCCAACACCUCCAUCAUUGCCUACAAAGAUAAUGUCCAAACCCUGGCACUCGAGACCUCUCAGAAUCUGGUCACAACUACCUCCUCCAUCAUCCAAUCCAUCAUUAAGUCCAGUCAGUUCUAUCCCCCAAAUGCAUCUCCUCAGGCUGUACCACCCCUGGACUAAACCACUACAACAUUCUACUAGUAAGACUCCCUCCUUCCAUGAUGGCCUCUUCAGUCUGUCCUCAUACAGCUAGAGUGAUCUUUAACAAUCCUUCCAUGGUAUAAUGAAUUUUGGGGUUACUUACCCAGCACUCACUUCCCUUUUCUUUCUUUCCUAAAUGUUUCCAAAUUAUCUUGGGAGGACCACUCCACCCUCACUAAGUAGCAACAUGCCAUUUGGGAUUGACCCCAGCCCUAGUGACAGGAGGCAGGGAGUCCUGCCUGGAGUUUGAGCUUCACUGCCAAGAUUGGGUGAUGUAGAGAGGUGACUGGCCCAGGCUGUUCCAGUCAGAGUGAAGGUGAGGGAUUCUGUUCAUUGGCUUAUAGAAGCUGGACUCUCCCUCUCCUUGUGAAAAAAAGAAACAGGUACCAUGGUUGAUGCCAAAACCAUCUUGUCAUCUUGAGAGGACUCUCAGAGAAGAGGAAAGGCAAGAUGAAAUGAAACCUCACCUCAAGACUUUGCAGUUACUCAGGCCAAUAAAUUCCCUUUAUUGCCUGAACCCUUUAAGUGGGGUUUUCUAUUACAUACGUGAGAGUGUCUGAGCUUAUAUACAUGGCUUCCCGUUGAACAUGGAAUCAAGUGUAAACUUCUUACAUGACCCCCAAAGCCCUCCUGAUUUGGACCUAGCCACAUCUCCAACCUCGUCCCUUGCCACUCUCCUGCAUGCCCACUACUCUUCAGGCCUCCUUGAACGGACAACACUUCUUCCCACCUCAGUGUUUUCGCACAUGUUCUCUUUGUCUGGAUAUUCUUGUGCGGACUCUUUAUAUCACCGUCUUCUUAUCAUCCAGGCCUCAAUGUCACCAUCACAGGCUGGUCCAUUCCAGUUUCGAGUCCUACACUAUCUUGGUUGCUGCCACUGUGGUUUCAAUUUCAGCAACCCCAUGAGAAAAGAACUGGGAGAAGGCCAGGCUGUGAGUUGGAAAUAUUCUCGGUGCCACAAGUCCAAUAUGCAUCUGGUCCCUCCCCACUCUCACUUCUGAGGAAAAAAAUGAAUGUGUGGGGACAUCACAUUUUUCUGGGGUUAGGAUGGAGAAUUUUAUUCCCAAGAAUGCCGAGAGGCUGCUCGCCAUGAGACAAAAGCUGGACUGGGCUUUGCUGCCGGCUCUGGGAUCUAGAAGGCCUUGUGCUGGAAGCUGGUGCAACAGUGCCCGAGGAGAAGGUGGGAGUUCCAGAGGGCAGCAAGUCAGGAGAAGACUGGCAAGAGACUGCAGGGCUGAGAGAGCAAGCAGUCUCUUCAGCACUGAAGGGAGGGUGAAGAGGACUUUAAUGAUAUUUUUAUGGACAGCAACACAUGGUGUGCUGGUGUCUUCCCUAAAAACAUUCCUGGGGAAACAGAAAAUCGGGUUCCCAGGGAGAAAGGGGAAAUGGAGAGUUACUGUGUGAUGGUUACAGAGUUUCUGUUUAAAUAAUGACAGAGUUCCAGAAAUAGAUAGUGGUGAUAGUUGUACAACAUUGUGAAUUUUUUUUGAGAGAGAAAGUGGCGGUGGGGGGGGGGAGGGCAGGGGAGGGGCAGAGGGAGAGGGAGAAUCCUAAGCAGGCUCCACACCCAGUGCAGAGCCCCACGUGGGGCCACCAUCCCGAGAUCAUGACUGAGCCGAAAUCAAGAGUCAGAUGCUUAACAGACUGAGCCACCCAGGCACCCCCAACAUUGUGAAGUUAUUUAUUUAUUUGUUUAUUUAUUUUAGAGAGAGCACGAGCACAAGCAGGGGGAGAGGGAGAGGGAGAAGCAGGCUCCCCGCUGAGCAGGGAGCCCAAUGUGGGGCUCCAUCCCAGGACCCAGGAUCAUGACCUGAGCUGACGGCAGAUGCUUAACCAACUGAGCCAGCCAGGUGCCCAACACUGUGAAUUUAAUUAACAACACUGAAUUUUUUAUUUUAAAAUGUUUGAAAUGAUCAAUUUUAUGUUAUUUUACCACAAUAAGAAAAAGAUUAAAAAUAAGCUGAAAAUGAGCAAAGGACCUGAACAUUUUUCCAAAGAAGGUCAAUAGGCACAUGAAAGAUGCUCAACAUCACCAGUUAUUAGGGAAAUGCAAAUUAAAACCACAGUGAGAUAUCACCUCAUAAUGCUGACAUAUCACCUCUUAGAAUGGCCAUCAUCAAAAAGAGCUAAUAAAUGUUGGUAUGGAUGUGGAGAAAAGGGAAGCCUUGUGAACUGUUGGGAUUGUAAAUUGGUACAACUGCUAUGGAAAACAGUAAAAAGAGAGGGGCACCUGGCUGACUCAGUCAGUGGAACAUGCAGCUCUUGAUCUCAGGGUUGUAAGUUCAAGCCCUAUGUUGGGUAUAGAGAUAACUUAAAAAUAAAAUCUUUAAGCAGUGCCUGGGUGGCUCAGUCAGUUAGGCAUCCAACUCUUGAUUUCGGCUCAGGUCAUCAUCUUGAGGUCAUGGGAUCGAGCCCUGUGUUGGGCUCCACGCUCAGUGGGGAGUGUGCUUGAGAUUCUCUCUCUCCCUCUGCCCCUCCCCCUGCUCACGCUCUCUCUCUUUCUCUCUCAAAGAGAUAUUUAUUUCUCAAAGAAAUAAAUAAAUCUAAAAUAAAAUAAAAUCUUUAAAAAAUAGAAAGAGACCUACCAUAUGAUCCAGCAAUUCCACUUCUGGAAAUACAUCCAAAGGAAAUGAAAACACUAACUUGAAGAUAUAUCUGCACUCUCCAUGUUCAUAGCAGCAUUAUUUACAAUACCCAAGACAUGGAAACAACCUAAGUGUCCAUCAAUGGAUGAAUGAAUAAAGAAGUCUGGGUAUAUAUAAAUACAUACAUACAAUGGAAUAUCAUUAAGCCAUAAAUGCACUAGAGGAAAAUUUACUAUUUGCAACAACAUGGAUGGACCUUGAUGGCAUUAUGCUAAGUGGAAUAAGUCAGACAGAGAAAAGCAAACACUGUAUGAUCUCAUUUACAGGUGGAAUCUAAAACAAACUCAUUAAGAGAUUAGACUUGUGGUUAUGAGAGGUACAGUGUUAAAUUGGAGGCAGGUGGUCAAAAGGUACAAACUUGCAGUUAUAAAAUAAGUAAGUACUAGAGAUGUAAUGUACAACAUGACGACUAUAGUUAGCAUUGCUGUUUGAUAUAUAGGAAGUUCAAAGAGUAAAUCCUAAGAGUUCUCGUCAUAAGGAGAAUUUUCUUUUUUCUUUUCUUUUAAUAUAUUUAUAUGAAAUGAUGGAUGCUAGUUGAACUUACUGUGGGAAUCAUUUCACAAUAUAUAUAAAUCAAACCAUCAUGCUGUAUGCCUUAAACUAAUACAGUGAUGUAUGUCAACUGUUUCUCAAUAAACUGAGAAAAACAUUUAAAAAAUAAACUGGCUGUAUAACGGAGGAACUAGAGUAGGCCAAGCAGACCAAGAAAGAGGUUGGAACAUCCAUCUGAUCAGGAGCUGAUGAGAACUUCAACUAGGACAAUGAAAAUCAGGAAAAAUUUGUAAGUAAAAUGAUCAGGACCAAAUGCCUAUUAUUUCGGACCUGCUGAAUUUAAGGCAUGUGGUGACACUCCAUCUCCUUCUUGCACACACUCCCCACAAGGGGGUCACUGCUGGGGUCCCGCUCAUUUUCCCUCAGCAGUCCCCUGCCAAUUAUGACAUCACAAAUUCAGACCCAGGGGGUCAAAUCUACUGUUUUCAAAAGAAGUCAGAAAUCUGUGUUUUUAUGUGAAAUUUCCUGAUUUAUAAUUCCCGUCUCAGGGCUAGUUCCUGUUUAUGACUCUUGAUAUGGAUGGCAUGAUAAAAUAGGACAACAAAUUCAUAUUGCACUGACUAUAGACCAGAUAUGAACUUGGAAUAUUUUAAAAUUUUUAUUUGUGUGUAUUUAUGGUAUACAUAAUACACUAGAACAAUGGUAUCUAUGUAUUAAAUCAUAAAGAGUAAUUUAUAAAGAAUGUGUAUAGGGCCACCUGGGUGGCUCAGUUGGUUAAACAUCUGCCUUUGGCUCAGGUCAUGAUCCCGGGGUCCUGGGAUCAAGCCCCGAAUCUGGCUCCCUGCUCAGCAGGGAGCCUGCUUCUCUCACUCCUCCCUGCUCGCUUGUGCUUGCUGUUGAUCUCUGUCACUCUCUUUCUCUCAAAUAAAUAAAUAAAAUCAUUUUUAAAAGAAUGUAUAUAAUUUGGAAAAAGAAUGAGAAUAUCCUGAGAAAACAUCUUUUAAUACAUCUUUAAAUUUUUUUUUUUUUAAGAUGUUAUUUAUUUAUUUGAGAGAGAGAGAGAAUGAGAGACAGAGAGCAUGAGAGGAGGAGGGUCAGAGGGAGAAGCAGACUCCCUGCCGAGCAGGGAGCCCGAUGCGGGACUCGAUCCCGGGACUCCAGGAUCAUGACCUGAGCCGAAGGCAGUCGCUUAACCAACUGAGCCACCCAGGUGCCCCAUCUUUUAAUACAUCUUAAGAUAAAGGUAUAGAAUCAAAAAAGCUCAGAGAACCUCUGAUGGAGACUAUUCCUCAACAGUAUGUCAUUAAGCCACAGUUCUCAAGCUUGGAUGGACUGAAAAAUCUGGUUUCAGAUGCCUAUCCCUAGAUCUCACACACCAUAGUUUCUGACGCACUAGGUCUAGGGUGGGAAUAAGAAAUCUGCCUUUCUAACAAGUGCCCUAAGUGAUGUUGGGUCAAAAACCCAUGAACCACACUUAAACACAGACAUAUUGUUAGGAGUAGAGGCUCUUGAGUCAAAAGGUCCUGGUUUCAAAUCUUGGCUCUGACAUUUAUCAGCCAUGGGACUUUGAGAAAGUUAACUUUAACUUCUGAAAGUCACAAAUUUCUCAUUUGUAAUCUGGAAAUAAUACUAAUGGCUACCUAAUAAGUUUGUAAAACAAUAUUCAGCACAUAGGGAAGGUAAAGUAAAUAUUAACUAUUUUGUUAUGAUUGAUUAAUUCUUAAGCUCUGUGGAAGGGAGCUGAAGUGUUUUUAGGGCAAGGUGAGCUACCCUGUUUCUUUUGUCAUCCAUCUUAUAAAGAGCCUUUGUCUGAGCAGGACUCCUCCCUUUUAUCAUGACCUCCUUUGUCUGUUCUCAAAUUCUUUUCCUCUUCAAAGCUGCCCUUGAUGUUCUUUUUAACUUGACUUCAUCUACAUAAAAACAUUCACAGACAUGGGUGCUCAUCAUACUAAUCUCUCUACUAUGAAUAUGUUUGAAAUUUUCCUUAAAAAAAAAAGCCUUUUAAAGUCUUUGUUCACAUGAACUGCUCUAAACUUUACCCUCCGUACGGAGAGCUCUAAUACCACCUGAAAUUUACACCUGGGCAGUGAAAUUUAGGCACCAUCUCUUGAACUCUCCUCAUACAUACAAGGUACAUACAAGGUCUGAGACUUACUCAUGACCCUCGCAGGGCAUUCUCUGUGAAGAACAUCAACCGUCCUAGCACAUAUAACGUCCGUCUGUCAGGGCUGUCAGAGUCUGCAGGCAGACUGCCAUCUUAUUGCUGGGAUGAUCCAGUUGGCUAGCGCUGUCCUGGGUUCUGGGGCCCCAUCCCCAACUCCAACCAAGGCACCCCAGAGAUAAAAGCAGAUGAUCCUGGAACAAAGUAAAAAUAAUUUAGCUAGAUAAACAUUCAUUAUUACUAUUAGAAAAUAAAUUCAAAGCACAUGCCCUAAUUUCCAUAACUCAGUGUCAACAUCUUUGUAAAAAGGUACUAGAUGGGCAAGGGUAACUUAAAAGUUACCAAAAAAGUUAAAAAAAAAAAAAAAAUACCAGCAAGCGAUUUUCUAGUCUCAAAUGUUUGAAAACCUCAUUCUCCAAAAUAUAAAAAUUCCAAGUGAAACAUCGCCAAAGCUAAUACUAUUAGGGUUUAGGCUAUGCUGCCAUAACAAAAAAACUCAAGGAUACACUGGUUUACCUCAGGGUCUAUUUGUCUCUCUUAUCACAGUCUUGAGGUGCUCCAGGGUGGUAGGGCUACAUGGCCAUCCCUGCACAGGGCUUCUAACCCAGUCAGGAGGAGGAAGGGGAAGAGCCACAGAGUACAUGAGUGUUUCUUUCUGGGUGCACAUCUGAGAAGGGCAAAAAUCCCUUCCACUGACUCUCCACACACUGUCCACUCCACUGGACAGAACUGAUACAUAUAAGCCACACUUAACUGCAAGGUCUACUGGGAAAUGCAGUCACCAGCUGGGUGGCCAUAUGGCCAACCUAGACUCCAAGUCCUAGUAUUAAAGAAAGGGAGAAUAGAGGCUGGUGAACAACUAGCUGGUUCCUUCUAGAUCUUCCUCACUUCUUGUACAGUGGAAGUGCAGAAACUUUUUAGGUUAUACAAAUCCUCAGUGGGAAGGCUGUUCCGGAUGAUUGUAAAGUAUGUAGUAUUUGGAGUCUAUCUGGGUACAAAACCUGGUUCUCUCACUAGCUGUGUACCCAUAGGCAAGUUAUAUAACAUCUAUGUGCCUCCAUUUUAUUAUGUGUAUUUGGGAAAUAAUAACAGUACCUAUCUCACAGGGUACCAUAAGAAAUAAAUGGGAAUAUAUUUUUAAAGCAUCUAACAUAGUUUCCACAAUGCAACCCCUAUCAAAAUCCUAAUGGUAUUUUUUUGGCAGAAAUAGAAAAUAAGUCUUUCCUAAAAUUCAGAUGGAAUUUCAAGGCAUCCAAAUAGCCAAAACAAUCUUGGAAAAGAAGAACAAAGUUGGAGAUCUCACAUUUCUCAUUCUCAAAACAUAUCACAAAGCUACAGUAAUCAAAGCAGCAUGGUACUGGAAUAAAGACCAACUUCCAGACCAGCGGUAUAGAAUAGAAAGCUCAGAAAUAACAGUUUCUAGCAUGUGCGAGGCACUUAAUAAGUGUGCCAUCAUCAUCAUCAUCAUCACCACCACUAAGCUGGAUUAUUUUUUCCUCCUCCACAUAUUACAUACUGAUGCCAGUCAUUUAGUUCAAGUGCAUUUAUUUACUUCUUUAUGGACUUUGAGUUUGGCAAGUGUUGACUGAGUACAAUGAGAAACGUGAUUUAGGCAGAGAUUAAUUGAGGAAGGGCAGGUUCCAACUUAGCCCAAGGACUCAAUCUGACAGAAUCUUUCCUACUUUCCAAGGUUUUAAAUAGAUAUGAAGGGACUUGGGGAGCCUAGGUGGCUCAGUUGGUUAAGUGUCUGCCUUCAGCUCAGGUCAUGAUCCCAGGGUCCUGGGUUCGAGUCCUGCAUCAGACUCCUUGCUCAGUGGGGAGACUGCUUCUCCCUCUUCCUGCCUCUCUCCCUACUUGUGCUCUCUCUCUCUCUAAAAAUAAAUAAAUAAAAUCUUUAAAAAAAAAAGAAGGGACUUAUCUUUGUCUCAUCAUUGAGAGUUGUUGGACGGGCAGUGGUCCUCAAGUCUAUAGGCAAAGGCACAGCUGACACAAGGCCAGUUCUGGGUCUCUAUGGGCUGUUGUUAAUAACUAGUACAGAGUCUUCAGAGCAUGGGAGGCCAGAUGGGGCUUGCGGUCUUGAAUGCCACACUGCUGGGUAAAUCUUCCAUAUCUCACUGCACAGACAAUGAAACAGGUCAACAGUCUAAAGGGGGAACUUUAUUGUGCAGGUGAUUUCAGAGCAAACUUGAGGUCAAGGAAUAAAAUGUUGGGCAGGCAGCUCAGAGGUCAAGGCCUGAGCAUGCAUUUUUCCACACCAGCUUCUGGAGUUUCAGAGGGGCUUAAUGAGAGCCAACAAAAUUUCUGAGCAUUUGUUGGCAACUAUGCCAGAGAGCUAGGUUGACAUUCUCUCAGAGCAACAUCACUUGAUGUUCCAGGUGGAAGCUGUUUGUGUCUUUUCUCCUCUUAAAUAAUAACUACAAUUCAAAUAUAAUAAAUGGUGAUGACCAAUUUGUUUUCCAUUUCAUAUUGUAAAAGCGUUCGUUCCCGGUUUACCACACUCACACCACUGCAAAAGUCUACUGCUGAUUUUUAUUUAAAGGUCCAUGUCUGGAAAAUAGUCUGCUUUCCGUCUUCCUUUUUACCAGGAGAUAAUUAUAACUUCAUCGACCUGCAAAGCGGUAUAACUCUUAUAGACACAGUUAAGAAGGGUGUACCGGCCAUUCCUCUCCAGGAUAUGUGCUCUUCCUGCCGUAUCUAGUGGAAAGAUUCUAUUGGAGUCCCCUUCUCUUCUCCCUUAACCACACCCAGAGCAGCUGGGGAUGCCUUCCAGACUUCCAAACUGUAACAGGGAGCUGUGAGGCCAUGAGUGUCUGAAUCCUUGGUCUGUGGACCUCAGGGCAACCUGAACUUUGCAGAGAAUUAACACAAUAGGGAGACUUUUCCAUUUUCCCAGGAAUUGGGCCAUGAUUUGGGCCAUGAUGAAAACCAGAACACUUGUGUGCCCCAACAUGAUCACCCUCCAGAGUCAUGGAAUGAUCUAUAUUUAGGUAAACAGGCAUUAAAUAUUGGUGUGCACAAUUCCGGACUUCAGUGAAUACCAGUCCUGGUUGUCUUCAAGAACAACAUGACGGACCACGGGCUGGGUCUGCCUUGCAGUCUCAGCUAUGGGUUUGAAACCUGGGGUCCCUGGACCCUCCCCCAGUGGAUCCAUAGCUAGAAUUCAAAGAAUCUCUGAACAUGAAUGGGGAAAAAUGACAUCUUGAUUUUCACCAACCUUAAACCAAAACAUAACAUUUUGUUCCACUACGAAUGUAGGCAAUACAUCAUUGUAGAAUUAGCAGUGCGCCCCGCGGUCCUGCGGAUCUGUCUCUUGCUUCAACAGUGUUUGGACGGAACAGACCCAGGGACGCCCCUCCAACCAGCCAACGACCACCCUCCAACCUCUUUUCCAUCGCAACCUUGGGAGCCAUCUUCUUGGCCAUCCACUGCCUCUGGGACCAGCCACCAGCCAAUUUCAAGCUUACCUUACCACCAAUCAACCAUGGGCUCCCAGAUGCGUCAGAAUUAUUCCACCGAGGUGGAGGCCGCCAUCAACCGCCUGGUCAACAUGCUUCUGCGGGCCUCCUACACCUACCUCUCUCUGGGCUUCUAUUUCGACCGUGACAAUGUGGCUCUGGAAGGUGUGGGCCACUUCUUCCACGAGGUGGCUGAGGAGAAGCGCGAGGGCGCCGAGUGUCUCUUGAAGAUGCAAAACCAGCGUGGCGGCCGCGCCCUCUUCCAGGAUGUCCAGAAGCCGUCCCAAGAUGAGUGGGGGAAAACCCUGGACGCCAUGGAAGCUGCCCUGGUUCUGGAGAAGAGCCUGAACCAGGCCCUUUUGGAUCUGCAUGCCCUGGGUUCUGCCCGCGCAGACCCCCAUCUCUGUGACUUCCUAGAGAACCACUUCCUAGAUGAGGAGGUGAAACUCAUCAAGAAGAUGGGCGACCACCCGACUAACCUCCCCAGGCUGGCCGGCCCCCAGGCUGGACUGGGCGAAUAUCUCUUGGAGAGGCUCACUCUCAAGCACGACUAGGAGCCUCUGGAGACCAGCAGCCUUUGAGGGGGCCCCUCUGACAGCCCCCUGCUGCCAGAGCUUGUGCCUCAGCCUCUCGCUGCAGCCACGAGGCAGCUUUUUAACCACCCUGGAGCCCUCUCCCAAGCCGUGGACCAUGGAAACAAUAAAGCUUUUUGCAGCAAAAAAAAAAAAAAAA